AUGAAUAAAUUAAAUCAACAAAAUUCGUGUUCUCCCUUACAUUAUUUAUUCGAAAAUAUAACUGAAUAUGUUUUGGAAAAGUUGGGUGAACGUUGUGCUGUUUCCUCAAUAAUUGUUCCAACAGCAAUAAUUUAUGGCCUAAUUUUGUUAAUUGGUUUAUUUGGAAAUAUUUGCACUUGCCUAGUUAUUUUAAAAAACAAAUCUAUGCAAAACCCAACAAAUUAUUAUUUAUUUUCUUUGGCUGUUUCUGAUUUACUUAUUUUAACUCUUGGCCUUCCAAUGGAACUUUAUGGAGUUUUUGAUGUUUUAUAUCCAUACAAAUUUGGAGAAUUUGUUUGUAAAGGGAGAGCUUUUUUGAUUGAAUUUACUUCUUAUGCUUCUAUUUUAACGAUUACUUGUUUUUCUGUUGAACGGUGGUUGGCUAUUUGUUUUCCUCUUCGAAUAAAACUCUUUUCUACUCUUGAUCGGGCAAUUCGUGUAAUUAUUGCUGUUUGGAUAUGUGCUUUUAUUGCUGCUCUUCCUGUUUUGGAUAUUGUUGUGGUUAAUAAAUUACCUCUUCCAGAUUGGACUACUGGGCAAAAAUGGUUGUUACCUCUAAUUUCUGAUGAUAAUUCUACUCUUAGAAAUACUGAUACUUGUGCUUUAGACUUUCACAGACCUAUAGCUCAACGCAAUUUUAUUUUGACAGCUUUUUUUCUUUUCUUCUUACUUCCAGCAUUAUUAAUUACACUUGUUUAUUGCCACAUUUUACAAUGUUUAUGUUCAUCAGUUCGUUCUUCAAAAGCAAUUUUUGGCGGUGAAAGAGCUCAAAAAAUGCGGUCAAGAAAAAGUUUACUUAAAAUAUUAGGUUUGCUUAUUUUAUUUUUUGUAAGAAAGAGGAAUGAAGUCCAGCCGGCUCUACAUCAGUCGGUAGAGCAGGCAUGGGUCUGGUUGAAAAAAGUCUGGGCAAUUUCGCGAUAUGGUCGGUUUUUGGUAUAAAAAAGUCCGUGUUUCAAUUUUCUAAGUCUUGAGUAAUCCGCCAAUACCUUUCGGUAGAGCACCUGUGCAUUGUGUGCGAAAGCAGUAACUGCAUGAGGCCGCAG